GUUUCUUUUCUCCCAGGUGGUUUCCUUGCGUCCUCUCAUGCAUCCCUGGUGGGAGGGACUAAGACACAAGGAAAAGACGCAAGUGAGGGAAACGAGGAUGCAAUUUUGAGAAAUGGGAUGUACCCACAGCCUCUUUUCGAACAGACACGUGACCAAAAAAAGCUUAAACAGCAGUACAAAAUCAAUAGGUCUGUCCAAUCAGGUGUCGUUAUCUCGGUCUUAGUGCCAUUAGCUGAUGAUAACUUAAUCAUGACACUAAUGUAAGCAGGAAAACCAGAAAACUGCAAGAUGUGAAUCAUCAGUGUGAGGUGGGAUUUAUGGCUUAACUAUGUCUUAUUUAUCAGGUGCACCGUCUUCAGUGACCCAGUUAAAAAUGUCACGCUUGUCCUUCAGGUUUCCUGCUCCUUCGGUCCUAAAGGCCAGCCCCUCCCCUCCUCCGUCAGUCAUGAGUGACAGCGAUGACGGCGACGUCCCCACACUGUCUGCUCACACGCUGGCCGCCCUGCAGGAGUUUUACGCCGACAGCAGGAGCCGUCCCACUCACUGCACCACGCCAGAGGACCAGUUCACAGUGGGAGCAGUGGAGGAGGACUGGCGGCUGAGCCAGUUCUGGUACAGUGACGAGACAGCAGCUCAGUUAGCUGAGGAGGUCGUACGUGAAGCUGGAGAGGGAGGCAGGAUCGCGUGUGUGAGCGCGCCCAGUGUGUACCAGAAGCUGAAGCAGGGUGUGGUGGACGGCUCGGAUCGGGUCUCUGUCGUCGUGUUGGAGUACGACCGCCGCUUCGCCGCCUACGGCGACGACUUCAUCUUCUACGACUACAACGAGCCGCUGUCUCUCGCAGCCAGCACGGCUCCUCAGAGCUUCGACGUCGUCCUCGCCGACCCGCCGUACCUGUCCGAGGAGUGUCUGAGCAAAGUGGCCAAAACCAUCAAGUACCUGAGCAAAGGCAAAGUGCUCCUGUGCACAGGAGCCGUCAUGGAGAACCUCGCCAAAGACCUUCUGGAUGUCAGAAUGUGCAGCUUCCUGCCAAAGCACAACAAACACCUGUCCAAUGAGUUCCGCUGUUUUGUCAACUAUCCAUCUCGCCUGCUGUCCUGCUGAGGAGACGGACACCUGUCUGGUCAGCAGCCUGAUCGAGGGAGACUGUUUCCAUGAAGACCCUGAACUGGCGUGAUGAAGAACAAGUAUUUGGUAAUGUGUUUUCUGUGAAAAUACAUGUUUUAAUCCACGGAAAGCUAAUUGACUUUCAUUAUAAUUCAUUUAAAAGUUGGUAAUUAGACAAAAACAGCAAAUCUAAAGUUGAGCAUCUCCAUUGUGAGGUGUUUUUUUUAUAUAUAAUUUCAUACUGGACAUCUUUGGACUCUUAGUUGGACGAAUGAUGAUGUCACCUUCAGCUGGAGCUGUGAUGGACAUGUUUCCAGAUACCUGCACAAGGGGAACUCCACCAGUUGAACAGGUGGAGCACGGCUCAGCUCGGGUGGUGCUUUGCUUUUUGUCGGGUGAUGAUGUCAUUGUGAUCCCCAGUAAAGAAAGAAUGCUGAAACUGAAAUAAACUAAAUAUUACAACACUGAGUAUACCUGACUGUGUUACAAUUGGACUAUUGUAAGUAUACUUCAUAUACUGCAAACAUACUAAGUAUUUUCUAUUCGCUCAUGCUAUUAUUCAAUUUAAAGUACAACUGAAAUACAUUUAGAAUGUAAGUUGUACUUUGAGUGAGUAUUAAAUCUAACAUUAAUAGAAUACAAAUGCACCUACAUUGUGAUACUACUUUAUUUUUACUUGCUUCUUGAGCAUUUUCAACACACUUUAAGGAUGAGCAGGAUGUACUGAACAUGUGUGUCCUUAGAUAUAUGAUGCUUUCAAUGCACAUUCCUGUCCUUGGUUUAUCUGGUACCUCUUAUUGUCUGAUCCUUGAAAAAUGUUGCUCACUUCCUGUUUCCAGUCAUUGACAGCAUGAUACAUCAUUCUGUAUGUUUUUAAUCUUAAGAUGAUAAUAAAACAAGCUUUGAAAAUGUGACACGAUCAUUGUUG